CUCUCUCUCUCUCUCUCUAGACCACUAAACUCGAGGAAAACUAAGAAGAUGAGGAACCAGUUUCUCUUCUCUCUCUCACUCCUAAUUCUCCUCCACUGCACCACAACCACAGCUCAGACACCAGCGCAGCCCCCUGCACCACCUGGUCCAACCAACAUUACCAAAAUCCUUGAAAAAGCCGGUCAAUUCACCACCUUCAUUCGCCUUCUAGGCAUCACCCAGGUGGGAGACCAAAUGAACACCCAACUCAACAAUUCAAACCAAGGUUUAACCAUCUUUGCUCCGACGGACAACGCCUUUGCCGGUCUCAAAUCCGGAACCCUAAAUUCUCUCACCGAUGAGCAAAAAGUCCAGCUCGUGCAAUUUCAUGUCAUACCCUCUUUUUUCACUGUGUCACAGUUCCAAACUGUGAGUAAUCCGGUGAGGACCCAAGCCGGAGACAACGUCGUAGGUGAGUUCCCGCUAAAUGUGACGACUUCUGGUAACCAAGUGAACGUGUCGAGCGGCCUCGUUGAUACCACAGUGGGUAGCGCAAUCUACACAGACGGUCAACUUGCCGUGUAUUCAGUUGACAAGGUCCUUCUCCCUAUAAAAAUAUUUGCUCCUCUGCCGCCGGCACCGGCACCAGCUCCGACGAAGGCUAAGAAGAAGUUGCCGGUGGCGGACACUCCAACUGGUAAUGCUUCAGUUGAUGCCUCUGGUGCAGCUAGUCUCAUCAUGCAUGGCAUGGUGAUGGUGGUGUCCAUUGGAGUUACCUUGAUUGCACCCUUCUUCUUGUAAUAAUAGAUGGGCAUGAUUGCAUACUCUGAUCGAGUCGAUUUUGUUGAGUUGGAUUGAGUGCAUUUGAAUAAUUCCAUCCCUUCCCUCAUCUCUCUCUCAAGCACAUUGCGAUGAGAAAAUGUAGACAAUUAUAUUGGUUUUUUUUUUUUUUUUU